AAAAUGGUAAACGAAGGAGAUGACCAGUGCGACUCAGUGAGUAGGUCCGAACUACAAUAUCCUAAAACCCUAAUUUUUCUCUUCUUCAAAAACCCACAUUUUUUCUCUCCUUCUCGAAUCAAUGUUCAUCAAAUCCUUCGCCGUAAGGAGAAAACUCUCCCGUCUCAGUAGACUCUGUUCUUCUUAUUCAGCUACUACCAUCACCAAUACCCCUUACCCGCCUAGAGAUGACGUGGCUUUAAUCGCAGAUCUCAUAGAGAAGCAGCACUGGCCAAAGCUCAGACUCCACGUGAAAGACACAAACCCCAACGAACUCUUUCACCAGCUGAUAAGUUCCAACCUCGACCCUGAUCUGUGUCUCCGCUACUACACCUGGUUAGCGACGAACAACCACCGUAACAUCUCCCUAUCGUUAGAGCUAACCUUCAAGCUAUUGCACUCUCUCGCCAACGCUAAAAGGUACUCAAAGAUCCGAUCUUUCCUCGACGGGUUCGUUAAGAAACGAUCCGAGCAUUCGGUUCACUCAAUCCUCCACGCGAUCUCCCUCUGUGACAAUCUCUGCGUCAAUUCGAUCCUCGCCGAUAUGCUGGUCUUGGCUUACGCGAACAACUCGAAGUUCGAGUUAGGGCUCGAGGCGUUUAAGCGCGCGGGGUAUUACGGUUACAAGCUAUCAUCUUUGUCUUGUAAGCCCUUGAUGGUCGCGUUGCUGAAGGAGAAGAGGUUUGCUGACGUUGAGUUUGUGUACAGAGAGAUGAUCAGGAGGAGGAUCCAACCGGAUGUGUUCGCUUUCAAUGUGGUGAUCAACUCGUUUUGCAAGAGAGGGAGGAUGAGCAAGGCUAAGGAUGUUAUGGAGGAUAUGAAAGUGUAUGGAGCUUCUCCUCCUGAUGUGGUUAGUUAUAAUACUCUUAUCGAUGGGUACUGUAAGCUUGGAGGGAUGGGGAAGAUGUAUAAAGCAGAUGGGGUUUUGAAGGAGAUGGUGGAGAGUGAGGUGUCUCCGAACUUGACUACUUUUAAUAUUUUGAUCGAUGGGUUCUGGAAAGAUGGGAAUUAUUCAGGGAGUAUGAAGGUGUUUAAAGAGAUGCUGGAUCAAGAUGUUAAACCUAAUGUGGUCACUUAUAAUUCGCUGAUUAAUGGUUUGUGUAGUGUGGGGAAGGUGAGCGAGGCUACUUGUAUGCAUGAUAAGAUGGUGAGCGCAGGUGUGCAGCCUGAUUUGAUUACUUACAACUCUCUUAUAAACGGGUUUUGUAAGAACGGUAUGAUGAAGGAAGCUCUUGAUAUGUUUGCGUCGCUAAAAGGCAGAGGGAUUGUUCCCACUGCUACAACAUAUAACAUGCCGAUCGAUGCGUAUUGUAAGUCAGGGAAGGUGAAGGAUGGGUUUAAAGUGAAAGAAGAGAUGGAGCGAGAAGGGAUUGUACCGAACGUUGAGACUUAUAAUUGCUUGAUCGGUGGUUUGUGUAGAAACGGUAACAUGGAAGCAGCUAAGAAGCUUUUUGAUCAGUUGAAUAGUAAAGGGCUUCCUGAUCUUGUGACAUAUCACAUACUCAUGGACGGUUACUGCCGCAAAGGAGAAACGAGGAAAGCAGCGAUGCUUUUGAGAGAAGGAAUAACCAAGAUGGGUCUGAAGCCGAGACAUCUGACGUAUAACAUUCUGAUGGAAGGUUACUGUAAGGAAGGGAAUCUGAAAGGAGCAGGGAACGUGAGGAUACAGAUGGAGAAAGAGAGGCGGUUGCGGAUGAACGUAGCAUCGUAUAAUGUGCUUCUGCAAGGAUAUUCCCAGAAGGGGAAGAUAGAGGAAGCAAACAGGCUUUUGAAUGAGAUGCUGGAGAAAGGUCUGAUCCCGAACCGGAUAACCUAUGAGAUAGUUAAAGCAGAAAUGGUGGAUAAAGGUUUUGUUCCAGACAUUGAAGGGCAUCUGUUUAACGUCUCCACUAAAUCAUAACCUUUCAAUGAUCGGCGUGAGAAGCAACCCCUUAGUGCACCUAUUCACAUGAUUGGCUGAUUCCUGAGUUCAGCAUUACUCAAUCUCUUCCUCUCAUUGUUAGUACUGAAGCAAAUACCAAAGACGAGACAGUGACAAUAGGUGAAACCAGACCCUGCGGAAUCUUUGUUCUAGCAUAGACAAGGGUGACUCAGGCCUACCUAAUAUUGUCGGGCUACUCCGUAUUUCUCUGCUUAUGCCGACAGGGUUCCUGGGAGUGUAAAGCCUUCAGCUUGGAAAUUGAGAGAAGUUCUUGUAAUUUUGUUGUGUCUACUGACUCCAUAUGAUAAUGAGAAUGUUAUUCAAAGUUGAACCUUUGAUCAA